AUGUCAUCGCCUAAGAUCCAGCUCCAACAAGGAACAGUCGUAGGCACUCUCUUACACGGAAAAUACCCUCAUGCAGUCGAGGCAUUCCGAGGCAUUCCAUAUGCCUUACCACCGACCGGCGACCGUCGGUUUAGGCCACCAGAAAAAGUCGGAAAAGGCGAAGGCAUUAUAGACGCAACGAAAUUUGGACCCAGGGCUCCCGCACAGCAAUUCAUCAAACUAGGGCCAGUAUUAGACGAAAGCGAAGAUUGUUUGACUGCGAAUGUGUUCCGUCAAGCGGGAACUGGACAAUGCACCGGGCUACCGGUUGCGGUUUAUUUACAUGGAGGAGCUUUUAAUCGUGGGAAUGCUGCUAUGCAUGAUACUGCGUCAAUGGUUGGGUGGUCUGAGAAGCCAUUUGUUGCAAUCUCGUUUGGGUAUCGAAUUGGGGCGUUGGGUUUCCUUCCAUCGAAGCUUAGUGCUAAAGAGGGUGUGCUCAAUUUGGGCUUGAAAGAUCAGAUAUGCUUGUUCGACUGGGUUGAGGAGAACAUUGGAGCAUUUGGGGGCGACAAGAACUGCGUUACUCUUAUAGGUCUUUCAGCUGGUGCACAUUCGAUUGGCCACCAUCUACUGAACUACGAAGAGGGCAAAGCACCAAAAUUUCAUCGAGUCAUUAUUGAAUCUGGUGCACCGACAUCCCGCGCCGUCCGCAACCCAGAUGCGGAGAUUCACGAGAUGCAAUUCCAGGACUUUUUGAAAGAAGUCGAAUGUCCACCAUCAUUACCCGAGUCCGAAAUCUUCACCUACCUCCGCAACCUCCCCACCUCAACCAUCGCCAAAGCUCAAACCAAAGUAUUCUCCAAGUACAACCCCAGCUUACGUUGGGCAUUCCAACCCGUAAUCGACCACGAAAUCAUCCGCAGCCGCCCCAUCGACGCCUGGCGCGACGGCCACUGGCACAAACUCCCCAUAAUGACGGGCUUCCAAGGCAACGAAGGCUCCCUCUACGUCAACAAGUCCAUGUCCACCCCUUCUGAAUUCCUCGCCUUCUGGAAAACGCUUCUCCCACAGCUAAGCAGCGACGACAUCGAAGCAAUCAACAACCUCUACCCGGACCCGACCUCCGACCCUACCUCCCCUUACAAAGAAACACGACUGGAUCUGGGCGUCGGACCAAUGUACAAGCGCAUAGAAGCGUCCUACGCGGACUACGCAUAUGUAGCUCCCGUGCGCCAAACUGCCUUCUUCGCCUCCCCACACGCACCUGUGUACCUCUACCACUGGGCCAUGCGCCGCGACGUCAUCGACGGCGCUCGUCACGCUGACAACAUGUUCUACGAAGUGCGCGACCCGGCCGUCUGCUCGCAGUUGGCGUCUCAAGACGAGCUAUCUGGGAUUUUGCAUGCGUAUGUCACCAGUUUCAUUUGUACGGGGCGUCCGAAUGCGGUUAAAGGACCGUUUGGGAAUAGGCCUGAGUGGGAGGCGUAUAAGAGGGGUGAGGGGAGGGUUAUGAUGUUUGGGAAGGGGAAUACGGAGUUGAUAGGGGGAAGUGAGGUUGGGGAGUUGGCAGGCAUGGUGCCGGAUGAGUAUACGGUUAGGGAGAGUGAGUUUUGGUGGGGGAAGGUUGAGUUGUCGCAGCAGUAG